GUGGCCGCGUCCGACGCUGUAUAUAAAGCCCACGUCCUUCCCGCCAUUAGGCACCGCAAUGAUCAACACCGCAUAAAGAAAAACUUCGUGCAGCAGCUCAUAAAUGGAUCGCCAGAGCUUGCGAGUCGGUGGCGCCGGCGACGCGCAGGAGUUCUGCUACGUCGGCAGCCGGCAGCCCGACGUCGCCUGCGGGGCCUUCCUGAUGGAGCUGCUGGAGGACACGCCGGCGGCCGCCGACCAGGCGCCAGAGGCCGCCGAGGACCGGCUGAGGCGCGUCAUGCGGUCCCUCGAAGCCGAGCUCGGCGUCGCAGCGGCGCCGGCGCCCGCUGCGGCGGAGGACGGCGAGAGCACAGCGGACGGGCCGAUGAGCGACUACGACGACGGGGAGCUGGAGGAGAUGCUGUCGGAGCUGGGCGGUAGCCUGGGGGCCGAGGCGCCGUCGUUGGCCGCCGUGCUGCCGUUGGAGUACUGGGAGGAGGUGCCGCCGGUGAUGGGCAGCGACAUGGGCGGCUGGUACGUCGACGGCGAGGGCUUCGUGGCAGGGUACGAGUUCAGGGAACCAUCCUACUACACCUAUGGUGAGGUCUCCGCCGUUGAGCAGGUGUACAGCCCCCUGUGCCUGUGGGAGUGAGCGUUGAAAUAUGCGCGUGAAAAAGAGGUUGUGAACUGAAACUUAUGAAAGACAAAUUGAGCUGUGCACUUGUUCUUACUC